CAUGAAUCUGUAAACAGGCCCUUAUCCCUGACUCAGCUUCUCGCCCUGGCUCCUAUUUUCGAGAUCUUUCUGACACAGUGUGCACGACGUGUUCAACGGCGAACCAACCUCGUCUCAGCCUUAUCCCUGCAGCUAUUGUCACUGCUAAUCAAUAUGUUGUUUGCUCGCACUCCUAGUAGCCGCGACGCGUAGGAGGUCGCGUAUGUUCCAGUAGUUCGAGCGCGACGCGGUGCCGCCAUGGGAGUGCAGGGCUUGUGGGAGCUGCUGGCGCCUGUCGGCCGACGAGUGUCCGUAGAGGCUCUCGCCAACAAGACUGUAGCCGUCGACGCGAGCAUCUGGCUAAUGCAGUUCGUGAAGGCGAUGCGCGACGAGCGCGGCGAGGCGGUGCAGGGCGCGCACCUGCUGGGCUUCCUGCGGCGCCUGUGCAAGCUGCUCUUCCUGCGCAUCCGCCCGCUCGUCGUCUUCGACGGCGCCACGCCCGCGCUGAAGCGGCGCACCGUCAUUGCGCGGCGGCGGCAGCGCGAGAACGCGCAGAUCAACCUGAGGAAGACCGCGGAGAAGCUGCUGCUCAACCAGGAGCGGAGGGACAGCGAGGAGGGGUCGCGGGGGGAGCAGGAACACCCUGAUGCUCUCCUGGCAGCAUCGCUGGCAGCUGAGUGGGCAGGGCAAAGCGUGAGCCCCUUAGGUGCGGGACCUGACGUGGCAGGCACCUCCCGUGAUGUUGCUGCUGCUGCUGCUGCUGCUGCUGCUGCUGCUGCUGCUGCUGCUGCUGCUGGCGGUGGUGAGGCUGCCAGGGAGGCAGUGAGGGUGGAGGGAGGAGACGGUGGCAGUGAUGGGGACAAUCACGAUCACGAUGAUGAUCAUGAUGAUGACUUGGGCGAAGAAGCCAUGGCUCUCCUACGCUAUCAUCUGGGGGAGGCGCACCUCUGGACCCUGCAGUGCUGGCGUCGCUUCCGCCCUCCCUGCAGCUGCAGCUGAUGGUGCAGGUGGGUGUGGGUGCU